UCCUAUUUUCUAACUAUAAUUAUGUUUUUACAAGAAUACAACAUCAUCAAGUUUGACUAAUCAUCUACCUACUUGAAAUUAUGUAAAUUUUAUAUUACAUACGGAGUAUUGUUUAAUAAUUAAUAGAAUAUCUGAACGGUUGCUUAAUAAUAAUGAGAAAAUAAAUAGAACUUUGUUACCAUACGAUAACUUUUAGGUUUAAGUAAUGAUACAACAAAUAAAACGAGAUUUAGAGUACUUACCAAAUAUUUCGCAUUUAUUGGGAUAAACAUAUUAUAUCGAUCCAUAUUCCUUUUUCAAAAACAAAAAUUGAAGUUCUAAACCUGUUGGUUGCUGACUUUUGAGAUUAUUUUUUGUAAUUCAUUCAUGGGAUUCCAUUCUGAAUGUGUGGCCCAUAUUCAUAGCCCAAUUGGUGAUGUCACCAUCAACACAAAAUUGCGGGCAAAUCGCCACAAAUCGCCACUCUCACAAGAAACCGUCAGUGGCACCACCUUCUCUAAGUCUAUUGCACCACCGGCCGCCGCCACCGUUUUACAUCGUCAAUGCCGAUAAAAGCUGGAAGAAAGAUGGCAUGGUGUUCUCAUUGUGGAAGAAUUUGUAACACAUCUCAUGAUUAUCCCACCAACAAUACAUCAUGCCUUGAUUGUGGGAAAAUUUUAUUUGAAGGGAAUUUAACAACUAAUGAAUCGAUAUACAAUAAUAGGAUUUCACAUGCCACACGACAUUAUAAGGGAAGAGAGACAAUUUGGUGUUCUCAUUGUAUAAGGAAAAGUCAUAUAGCUCAUGAUCAUACCAGUGGAAUCAUACAAUGUGUUGAUUGUGGGAAAGUAUUGUUGGAAGAUAAAAAUGUCAAGAAUGCUACAGGAGGGAAAGACAAAAGACCGAAGCUUGCUCAAACUAAAAAGAAGAGAUCGAGUUCAAAAAUGAAUUAUGACGUAAUAAAUACACUCUUAGGGGAAAAGCCAAUUCCGAUGAAGGAAGAAGAUGAAUGUAGCAAAAGUGAUGGUAAUGAAUGGAAGGGUUAUGAUAAUGAACACGAGUCUUGCAGUUAUGAUUAUGAUUAUGAUUAUAAUUAUGAUGGUGGUGAUGAAAAUAAUGAUUAUUGAUCACCAAAAUGUGGAAUUAAAGUCUUAAACAUCGAGAUGUGGUAAAAAAAAGGUCAUUUUUCGGCUUCUUUUUUUCGAUAAUUAUUUAUUUUAACCUUGUCCAAGGCAAAGGUUGAAUCACUAAGAAAUUUUGAGACAUGGUUUUUUUUUUCUUGACUGUGGGUGACAUUUUACAUGAAUGUUAAAUCAUAUACAAGUAUUUUUUUAUUUUGA